AUGGUCGGAGUUGUAGCGCCUCCAAUUCCGGCUCCAUCUCCACCCUUACAGAUGGUUUACGUCUUAACUGUCUACAACAAAAGGGAUAAGCAGCACUGCAUCCGGAUCCAUGUGCACUGUGAAAUUCCAGAUGGUAUCAGUGUGCCCACAGAACUCCAGAGUGUUGAUGAUUACCCAGACAACCAGUUCACAUUCAGUGUCAAGCACUUGGCUCCAAUAUCACUGACAUGCCUUAUGCCUCCAUCAUACCUGAGCCAUCAUCCUCCAUACUUCUUUCUCGGUGUACAGUGGUUGGAUACUGUGAAGGUCUCAACCCUUUGUCACAUGCUUGAAUCGAUUUGGGCACAUCAGUCUGCACAGGAAGUUUUUUUGAGUGGGUGCAGGGCUUUACGCUCUCUCAUCUUGGUUUUGAUGGCGGGAUAA